AUGUGUGUUCCGAGCCCGGAGCACACACUCCGCACUCUCAGCACUAACCGCCGGGGAGAAGGGGAAGCACCGCCUCCUGCACCCUCUAUUUAUAUCCCACGCGGCACUCGCCCCGCCCCAGCGCGUCUGACGCUAGGACCCUACGUCAGCGUCAGCGCCGGAGGAGGAGAAAAGAGGGGAUUCUGCGCACGCGUCGCGGCCGGGGGCGGGGCCCGCGCUGCGUGCGGGCUCGUGGGGGAGGGGAGAAUCUACUCGCCAGCGGCUCUCAGAGUAGUCGGGUGGGACGGCCCCGCCUUUCAGACACCCCGCCCCGACAUCCACCCGGGAGAAGCGUUAACCCGUCAACACCGCGGUGGGCGGUGCGCAGGGCUUCCGGGUUCCUCGGCAGUAACCACCCUACACGUGCACGGUAGCCCGGGCCUCCUCCCGCCGCAGCCUGCCCGACUUCGCUCGCCCCCGCCCCUGAGGAACGCCGGGCCUGAGUGGGCUGGCGUGAUCCCAUCCAGGCCCAGUAUCCGAAACGUGCGUGAAAAGAGCCAAGGCUGGCUUUCCCCGUCUCCUACCCGGACCGUACUACGAAUCCCAGCGGGCAGCACCGCCCCGCGCGUCGGCCGCAGGAGCGGUGCCUGCUGGGAACUGGAGUCCCCAACGGCCGCGGCGCCCGCUGACCCUAACUGGUCGCGGGCCCUGGUGGCCCCCAACCGUCCUGGCGCUGAACCCCGGUUGCCACCCCGCGCUAUUCACAGGUGUGACCCAUGUUAUCAGUUUCUUAUGUGUCCCAGAAUACUUGGUGAACACAAGUAUGUGAGUAACGAUAGCAUGCCUUCACUGUGUGCGUGGGUUUUUCCUAUUAACUUAUGAGUGUUUUAGGGACCACUUUGUAUCAGUGUACCAGCAGCCUCCUUCCUCACGACUGUAUAGCCUUAAGAGUCUAUUUUGAAGGAUACCUGAAGGUGGCCUGUCUGCCUUCUUGACAACUAACGAAGUAGCUUGCAUGUGUAACGUGAAGAAUACAAAUUUCACAAGAGAGGUAAGAAUAAAAACAGGCAGAACCUAUGGCAGCACCUACUCAUGCACACCCCUCAUAUGGAGGAUGGCCACAUUUAAAAAUGCCUAGUUCUUUUCUUUUAAACUUAUAUUUUGAACCAAAUCAUGCUAAGCUUUGUGAAGUGACCCAGGAUAUUACAUUUUGAUACCACUAUGAUUUAGAAAACAUAAUUAUAAUUUCAAUAAUAUGUAAGCCCCUUUAGCCCCAUUGCACAUAGAGUAAAAUCCAAACUUCUCACCAAGGCAUCCCAGGCUUGGCGUGAUCUGGCUCCAGACUUGUGUGUAACCACUAGGCUCCAACCACAUAGGCCUCUUAUCACAGCCAGCCCUUUCUGCCUCUGGGCCUUAGCCCUUCCUCCUCUCUCAGUCUGGCGUGCUCUUUCCUGGGCUCAUUCUGUGGCUCUCUGCUUCAGCCUCCAACCUCAGUUUAAAUGUCAUCUCCUUCUUGACGUCUUUACUGCAUGUGCCAUCUAUAGGACUCUGUCACCCCAGCCCACACUACUACUGUCUUCAUAGCACUUACUACAACCUAUAGUUACUUUGUGUAUUUGUUUAUUUUGUUAUAGUUAUUUUGUUUAUGAUUAUCUCCCACUGGAAUGUAAGAUCCUGAUGACAAGGAACUGAUCUGUCUUCACCAGUGUAUCUCCAGGACCUAAACCAGUGCUUGCCAUUUCAAAUUGUCCCUCAUAAUUAAAUAAACAUAGUGAGUUACUCUAAAGGAAAUACUGUUUUUAGAUAAGUUUUUAAAAUUUCAUUAACAUCUGUCUGGAGUCCUAUUUACUUCUGUAAGUAAGAGACAUUCAGUGUGUUUACAUCACUAAAGCUACUUGCAUCCGCUCCGCUAGGGCACCUAGGAGGUGACGCUGCUCAUGCCCUGACAGUAUGUGCUCAUC